AUGGUGGCCGUGAUGAACCAGCUGACUGACCUCCCGAACUGGUAUAUUGACAUUUUUGAUGAUGCGAUCGUGGCAUACUGGCGGCAAAAUCCCGACUUGGCCUCGAUCGUCACGAAUCCACUGCUGAGUGACCGUGCUUGGGACUGGUGCUUGCAUGAGCUGCGUGACAAAGCCGAAGAAUACCAGCGCCAACGGCAUGUACGGGUGCUCGAUACCGGGUCCUGUAUUUGUAAGUCUGACGAUGUUCCGGGGCUCCCAAACGGCACAGGAGCCCUGGCGGAUGAGAUCCGACCUGCGGUGAAAACCGUGCUCCAAAAAUGGAGCAAGUCUGGUUGGCUGGAUUGGCGCUCGAAACAAAGGCUCUCUAUUAUUGAUCCAAUGCUCUUUCCGCUCGUGUACGGGCGGAGUCUGGUCCUGACUGAUCGAGGUCGAGUGGAGUUAGAGGAUGUUUUUGGCGCAUAUUCAGUUGCGACAACAAUUGCCCCAAUGCAUGUUGAUUUGAGGACCGACGCGGCGGCUGUGCAGAAGCGCCUCGAGGAGGCGCAGCGGCUGCAUAUGGGCGUGAGUUGCGACACAGAAACAAGCACCCAUUAUCGAUGGAGCGCCAACCAUCAGGCUCUACCUUGUGAGGUGGAGUUUGUCGGGGAUAAAGGAUCGACGCAGGUGCGCAUUACCUCGUACAUCAAUAAUCUGCACCCAGCACACCAGGACAUCUACUGUGCAAUUGAAACGCUCGUGGGUCGGGCAAUUCCACUGUGGAAUGACUGCCUGGUGCAGGGCCAGAGUGGCUGGACGGAUGUCCUGAAUCAAGGCCACCUAGGGCCGGUGCCACUGCGUAUCAUCACGUAUGGAGCGGAGUGGGAGAAUGAGCUCCCCGAAUGA